AUGCAGAACUACCAACAAUUUUUGGCUCUGCCUACGUUUCAUCAACUACCUCCUUUAGCUUCACCAGCACACCCGCAACCAAUCGCAUCCUCCGUUCUCGCAUUUGGAGAGACGCAACUUGGAGGAGGAGGAUUUCAUGGAGGUUGUAGUUUACCCGCUACAGGGUUUGUUUCAGUUAAACCACCGACAUCGCUUGUCUAUCAAAUACACCCUCGGAAUUAUACGUACGGAUUCAACAGUUCGGGAAAACUAAUCGGUGCCAAUCCUGAAAUACCCUAUCCAGGUUCUGGAGCGAAAUUCCACGAUGUUCCCUUUUCCAGGUCUGUUGACUGGUACGCUUCAGAUCUGAUAGGAAACUCGAACAUCAAGGAAGAAGCACCAGAAAAACCAUCAGAAACUGAUGAAUAUUUCACAGCCGCCAACGACGAGGGCUAUAAACAGUGGAUUGAAAAGAAAAAGGAAGAACAGCAGAAGCAGAACGAGAAGCAGAAACAAAUCAGGACUGUGCCGGUGGAAAUCAAAGCAUUACCAGGUCACGUGAAUCCGUCAGUCACAGAGACCAGUAAUGAACGAUACGGCCAGUAUUUGGACCUCAGACCAAAGUACCCGGCAGUCUACCCUCUUCCUGCUAAAGUUCCUCCAAUGCCAAUGCAAGUUUUGGUGAAGUUCCGCCAUUCCAACAUAUCUGGUCACCCACCAAUACCUGAUCAUUCAUUUGCUGUAGACCCUAGAGAAAUGAUCACCAAAGAAGGUUGCUACACCAGGGGAAUCCACGGAUCGGUAUUUUACCCCGAAGUGUCCAAUCCCAACACAAAAACAGCAUUCACUUUUCGCCCCAACCAGACAAUCUUGGGUCAGACUGUUGGAGAAAGGCAGAAGGGUUUCACUUGGCCACUCUACGCACCGACAGGGCUUGAACUCAACCGCCCUAUCCCACAGUGCGUGUCAGUUGUUGUCGGCGUUAACGGCAAAAAGAAAUUCCGUACAAUGAUCCCUCCCAGAGCUGUUCCCUACAUAUACAACCGUUAUAUGUCUUACACUGGGAUCCCUAGCGAUGAUCCCGAAACAGAGCUGAACCCAGCGAAACAACAUAAACAGAUCUGCAUUCCAUUCACGCCAGUCUCUGUCAGCAACCCUGUGUGUGAUCCAUGUAACUUGAAAUUUAUUAAUCCACAGCUACUUCCGCUUCCGCUUGAACUCAAGAAACCGCCAUCUUGUUGA